UCUUGCGCUCUGAGUAAUCUAUAAAGCAGUUCUCUACUUAACUAUAUUUCACCCCUGUUUUACCAUCUUCGACAUUAUAGUGAAUUAGAAAUAAAUAGUUAGAGUUUCAUAUGACGUCAACAGUUAGACGACGUUGCUCAAGUUUGACGUCAAGUUCAAUACCUGGAUUGACGCAUGGCGUCUUGUGUCGAGUAGGCGACAUGAAACUAUGAAGAAAGACGCUCAGAGUUUUAAUAUGGAAGUCAGAUUUCUGACCAGUGCAACGGACGGUCAAUAAUAACUACUACUGGCCAAUCUCACGAAAACGCGCGUGCCUUCAUCUUUAUUGGCAAACAUAAAUGUUUUAAUAUAAAAGACGACGCUGAGAAUCCUUCAUCAACAACUCACCCAAACGCCUUAUAAUGAUGUAUCGUGCUUUUUGGGAUACAAUAUUUCUUCUCACCGGCUCCCUUUUUACGUAUGGGCAGGUGCAAGAGAAUUCUACCUCAACGACGACCAUUGCAACCACCACAACAACUACUACCACAACUACCACUACUACCACCACCAGCACCACGACCACCACUACUACCACACGAGUCAGAAAAUUUAUAGCAGCUGCAGUCCACUCUCACUUCGAUGACUGUCCCGACUCCCACAGCCACUUCUGUUUUCAUGGCACAUGUCGUUUUCUCAUCCUGGAGGAAACACCUGCAUGUGUAUGCCAUCCUGGCUUUGUGGGCAUGCGGUGUGAACAUGCAGAUCUCCUGGCAGUGGUGGCAUCAAAUCACCGGCAGCAGACCGUAGCCACCAUGCUGGUGUUGUGUGUGGUGGGCAGUGUCAUGCUCAUGCUGAUCUGCACUUUACUGAAUUGUUGGUGGAGACGGGGUGGUUGUGGGCGAGGUAACACCCUCUCCUGUUGGACGGAGAAACCUAGGAGUAUUUUGACGAGUCGGACAUCCUGCUGUAACUCAGAAACAGGUAUUGCGGUGCUACAUUUGCAUUUUUACACCAUUUUUAUGCUGAGCUGUAUGGUCGUGUGUUAA